UGCGUUGGUUUCUGCUUUCGUAACAGCGCCGUUGUUGUUUUCAAUUACUACCAUUUCGGCAAAAAAGAACCGCAUUGCUGUGCAGUGAGCCGCUUCUCUAGGUCAGAAAUCCUGCCGUACCAACUUGCCGAAGUCUCCCACAAUCUUUGGAUCCCAUAAUUAUCUUUUUGGCCUCUCUACGCAAACAAAAAAACGAAAAUGGAGGUUGAAACAUCUUCGCCAUUGCAGUCCCAUGCGUUCCGCAAUCCGGUGUGGCACGACACACCGUCGGCUACGACCACGGCUGUGUCUACGCCUACGAAGGGUUUGUUCGGACCCAAGUUGAAUACCGGCUCGAAAGGCGACUUCUUCGACCAGGAAGGCAGGAUGCAAUCGUCUCCUACAACGUGUCUCGCAAAGGACCUGUCCCAGAACUUCCAUAUCGACCAGACUCCAUUGAACCCUACGCCCAGGAGAUCGCUAUUCUCGAACUUGAAUGCACGCUCUAUGGUUACUACUCCCCCCAUUCCCGCGUCGUCUCCUGGGAUUGAGAUGGACAUCUCGCCCCUUCCGCACAAGGCCGCACACAACCGCAUGCCUCUCACUCCCGAUUACGGUAGGAUGAAAAUGAGUAUGGGUUUGGAUAUGGGUCUUUGCUCGAGUCCUCCAUCAUCAUCGGGUUCCCCCGGAAUGAAGCCACUCGGAAGGCCCAAACUUGCUGAACGUAAAAUCUCCAGACCAUCUCUGCUGCGACAGGGCAGUCGAUUGUCCGGGAACUCGGUGUCGUUCAAGACUCAGGGAUCCGGUUCGAUCAAUAUCGGUAGAUCGUCGGCCAGUUCUCAGUUGGACCUGGAGGAACUCUUCACUGGAGGAGCAUCUCCCGAGGGCAAGAGGAUUGGGUCCGCUGCCGGCUUUCUCGGUCCCCCACCACCGAAGCCUUUUGCCAUGGCCAAUGCAGAUGGAUCGCCCGUUGGACCGCUCACUCGCCUGAGUCGCCCAGCCGCCAGACCGAAGGGAAAGAUUAGGCGUACUAUGAGCAUGUUUGAGCAUCCGCAAGAAGUCGUCACUAAAGAUGCGAACGAGGAGGUGUCCAAGUCCCCCAUGGCCGACGCUGGCGAGAACACAUACAUCCCUUCGUUCAACGUAAAGGAUGACCCUCUCCGCCGCAUCAACCGGGCCACCCUCAUCUCAAUCAUGGAUGGAGAAUACGAGGAGCACUACGACGAAUUUAUGAUUGUGGACUGCCGCUUUGAAUACGAGUUUGAGGGAGGACACAUCGCCGGAGCGACCAAUAUCAAUAGCAUUGAUAUUCUGGAGGAGAAAUUCUUUGCCGAGCCGCAGGGAGAUAAGCGUCAGCUAAUCAUCUUCCACUGCGAGUACUCGGCUCAUCGUGCACCGCGCAUGGCUCUCCACCUCCGCAAGCGUGACAGACUCGUGAACAUGCAUCGUUAUCCCGCACUCAACUACCCUGACAUUUUCGUUCUCGAGGGUGGAUACUCGUCCUUCUUCAGCCAGCAUAAAAUCCGCUGCGAGCCCCAACACUACGUCGAGAUGGACGACGAGAAGCACAAGCGUACCUGUGAACGUGAGAUGAGCAAGUUCCGCCGCAACCACAACCACAAAUCGUUCUCGCGCACGCAGAGCUUUACAUACGGCGCCCUCCCCGAAAUUGAAGGCAGUCCUAGCGCUGGCCUGGCAGGCAAACGCCCGGCAUGCGGAUCAGGCGGCCUCGACAUUGCGCCCCCGCGAUCGAGACGAAUGGCAACCUACUAGAUCGUGGCGAUCAACCAUCCAUUCAUACUGCAUCCACGGAUCGGCGUUCAUUGUCUUUUAUUACCUUUUUCGCAUCAGCGUGUCGGAUUUUACUCUCGUCAAUUUUCUGAUUCUCCCACCAACCGACCGCCCGACCGUUUCUGGUGCUCCACUAAGAUUAACAUGACGGCGUCUUGAGUGUGUGCGCAAUAUGUGCUCUCGUACAUUUGUUCAUAAUGAUGGGA